GUUGGCCUUACCUGUCGCAUUUUCCACGGCCAGCGCUCAGUUCGUGGGCGCCUGCGCGCAUGUGCAGUUCGAGUUUUCAGUUACAAGAUACUCAGAUAGUCAGAUACUCUGCGUUCGUUCGUCGGCGGUGUUUUUGAAUCGAGAUCCAGUCGGCGAUAUAAAAUAUAUACAUAUACAUGCGUACAGCAUCCCUGGCGAUUCGGUGAUAAAAGUGAAAUUUGAGUGCCCAAAAAGUUGCCAAAAUCACAAUCAAAUUUUUUGUUUCGUUUUUGUUCGAGUGCCGAGUGUUUAGUUAACCAAUCUCAAGCGAAAUUCAAAGGAAUUUCAGGUAGCCAGCGGGUUUACCUGAUCUCGCCGGGGAUCACAUCGAGAUCAAUCGCCGGAGCGGAGUUCGACCUUCAGCGAGUAGGAGAUUGAUCUAUGUUCCACAUGUUCCCGAGAAAUCAACUGUCAGUAAUGGCUCUCCAACGGCGAUCGGCGUCUCUGGGUCUGCUCACCUUGAUGGUGGCCUCCUCGCUGGCGGCAGCCACAGCGCAGGCCUCGGUAAGAUCGGGCAGAUCCCCACUGCCCGCCCAGCCGGCGGAUCACCUGGUGCCGCCACCACUACCCGUUCCCCAGAGACUAUCGCACGCCGGAGCGGGUUCUCCAGCGCCUCCUCCAUCCCCUGCACCCAUUGCCGUGCCCGAAGCCGGCUUCAUGACCCGCGUGGCCAGGUGGUUCGGCUUGGGCGGCGGCCAGUCGUCCAAGGAUCAGCAGCUGAGUGCCACCAAUUCGCUGAGCUAUGCCUAUCCGAAGCCAGUUUCCGGCUUCGACGCGGGUGGCAAGCCGUGCAGCCUGUGCAACAAGUAUCCUUGGGUGCCCAUGGUGGGCCAGCAGCAGCAGCAGCCGAAUCCCCAGCAGCUGAACAACCAGCUGCAACAGCAUCACCAUCAUGCGCAGCAGCUGCAAGUGCAGCAGCAACAACUGCAGCACAUCCCGCAGCAGCAGCAGCAACCUCAGCACAUACCACAACAGCAUAUUCCGCAGCAGCAGCAGCAACCCGUCCCGCAGCAACACGCAACAUGGCAGCUGCAGCAGCCACUGGCUCAGGCCUCGCAGCAACGUCAGCGGGCGGUGCAAUUCCGUCCCAGCGCCGGACAGAGUGUCUUCCUGCCCCUGGCGGUGCCACUGCCUCCGCUGUACAAUGCCCAGCCAUUCCGACCUGUGGUGCCACCGCCGGUCAAGGAGAACGUAGUGGCCCAGUCGGAAGUGAGACCCGUGCCGGUUUCCCUGCCCCUACCAACUCCUGCUCCGCCAGCCAGCACCUCCAGCUUUGAGAUCGUGCAGAGCCACCAGGUGACGGACUUUGUGACGUCCGUGGAAUACCCAGCCACGUUCGUGCAGUCCCAUGCCAUCGAUCUCGGCUUAAGCGGAUCUGCGGCCAGCCAAAGACCAAGUCAUGAGUUGGCCCUGGAGCAGGAACUGCAGGCGGAUAUCAGUACGGUGCGCUACCAAUUGGAGGAUCUGAGCAGUGGUCAGGUGCAUCAGCAUUUGCCAGCCUCGCAGUUGCUAACGGAGAUCGGUCAUUUUGCUGAGACCACUACGCAGCCACCGCCGGCGGAUAACUAUCCAGCGGCCUCGUCGCAACAGCAACUGGAGCAGGAGCAGGAACAGGAGCAGGAGCAGGAGCAAUCCUUCUACUAUGCGGAGCAGUUUCAGGAUGAAGCCAGCACACUGCUAUAUAGCACCACCACGGAGUUUCCCACCACCACAGCACCACCACCGCCACCACCGGCGACGGUUAUUGAGCUGAAUAACCAUCUGGCUGCAGUGCAUCACUCGCACCGCCAGGGAAUCGGCAGGGGCAGGGAAACGCCAAAGCGUCUGCUGGACUCGCCCAUCAACCACGCCCCCUUGGCUGGCGCCGGAGGAAGACCCUUCACCCGCGAUCCAGCCGAUCUCAAUUUCCGAGUAAGCCAGGUGUACACGCCCACGCAGCCACCAACGCCCACGUCCACGUACGGUGCGAUCGAUGCCAGUGGACAGUUUGCUGGCAUGUCACCACCGAGUCCGCAGCAGGUGAUCAUACCCUACACCACCAAGCAGCGACCACGCCCCUUCGAGAGCUGGACGCCCUUGAAACAGCAGCCUCCACAUCAACUACACCAUCAGCCGAAUCACCAUCACAAUCACCACAACCACCAAAGCAACGACCUUGAGGAGGAGCCACACGAGCAGCAGGAGUCCAAGCUGGCUACAGCCACCGUGACGGCGCCGCCUAAUUCGCGACGCACCACCAAAUACCUGACCAAGAUCCUGGCCACCAAUCUGAGGGAGUUGCUCAAGCGGGAGAGGGAAACGAAGCGUCUGCCUGGUCAGGGAUUGGGUGUGGACAUCUCCCGGCUGCAGAAGAACAUCGAUGGCUGGACGGAGCAGGAGUACAACUCGCUGUCGCAUCGACCCAGCACACCCACGAUUCGAGGAAGAUCCAAGCACAUACCGUCCGAGUACCUGACCACCACUACCACAACUCCAGCGCCGUUAUCGCAGCGCCAGUCGAAAACCACUCGGGGCGAGGGAUUCGAGCUGGGUGGCGCUCCACCCACUGAUGCCGGGGAUCUGUCCACUUCCAUCAACAAUCUGGAGCAACUGCAUCUGCUCGGCGAGCGGGGAUCGAAGGGCUUCCAGCCCAUCGAGGACAACCGCCUGCAUUUCGACUACUACGAUGCCCAGCAGCGACCAAGAUCCACGUCGGCCAUGACCACCAACAGUCCGCCCAGCACCACAACCACCACCAAUGCACCGCCCACCACAACGACAACGGUGGUGACACCGCUCUACGUGCGCAGCACUCCGGCGCCCAAAGAGCUGUGGAAACAGGCCCAGGUGGCCAUCCUGCCGCAGACCAACGAGAAGGUGUACGUGGUUACGCCACAGCCACGGCAUCAGGAGCACCACCCGGCGGAGCAUCGGGAUCGCCAUGUGGCCUCCGCCUCGGCGCCCAGGCCCGUUUACCAAACGCCAGCGCCGCGGUUUCCAAGGAUGCGACCAACUCCAGCAGGCGAAGUGAAGUCGGCCACGCCCACCAGCUCGUCGCAGCUGCGCAACUAUACGCCGGACAUCUUCGGGCUGAUGGGACUGUCCGCCUAUGUGCCCGCAGAGCCCGUGGAGAUAAUCGACGGAAACUCCAAAGUCAACACGAUAGUGACAGCAGCGCCGACGGCGGCGGCACUUCAGCGACCCACAGCGAGGCCCACGAUGUCGCCCUCGCCCAGAUAGAGGUCGAAGCAAGGUCAAGGCGCCCGGAGCCGCACAGCCCCCCAUCCUGUUGUAAUAUAUUUCACCCCAGCCGCCCCGCCAGGCCCCCCGACCGCAGAGUGGAGCGAGGAUUCGACCUAGAUAUAGAGCAAAGUCCUUGGAAGCGCUACGAUGAGAGGAGAUCCCGGAUCAAAGUUAGAGUAUUUUCGCAUUUGGUAGCUUUAUGAACACACGAGGAGGAUCAGAGAACCAAAGGAGUGGAGCUGCCCGUAGUAUAUAUAUAUUCGAAAAAGGAUUUGUAUUCACAAUUCGCUUUUUUUGUUUUUUUUUUUUUUCUUAGUAACACCUCUGUGUUUUUUUCGUUCUGGCUCUUCCUUCGCUAGUUGUAGUUCUAUGUAUAAAUAUACCUAUUAUAUCUAUUUCAAUCUAUCCGAAGAGUGGGUUGUCAGGCGGUUUGACAACGUUAUAAUCGAUGUGCAACCAAAAUAUAGCAAAUAUGAACAAGCAAACGAUCGAAUAAAAUUAAACCGAGCAAAGUCA